AUGUUUCAUCGUGUCUCUGACAAGCCUCCCAAUGUACACUUUUCCAGCAAAGGGAAACGUCCUCAAGGCAUCAAGAAGGGACAAAAGCCAAAUCCUCUUCGACGGAGCGCCCGUUUGGACUGCUUGAUCGAGAUUAAUGAGACUCAAAAACCCAGCAAGCAGUCUCUACCAUCUCCAGUCAGCGACGAUAAACGUCUUCAUCGUGCGCAGCCACCUCCUACCCAUCUACCAUCGAAGCCUUCAAAGCGGAAACGAGAAGCUGAACAGCAACUAAACCCGCCCUCUCCGAAACGACCGCAAACAUCUUGCCCUAGACCCUCUGUUCAGGACGUUGAUUCUGUUACAUACUGGACGCAGACAUACCACUGGCCGCGAGGAUACUUCAACGAAUGUGGCGAAAUGAGUCACUUAUUGGCGAGAAAGAAAUCCACCGCCUCACUUCGCCGAAAGCGAUCGGAUAGCGAGUCUGGCACACCCAGCUCAACUACACCGAGCGACCAGAAGCCUAGGGAGGAGAAGAGUGCUCCUUAUCAAGACCCACGCUACAGGUCACUUCUUGAGGCGAAAGGGAGCUUUAUGGGCAAGUAUAUUGGCCGGAAUGAAGAGGGUCCCACAGCAGAGAGCAAGAAAGAGUACAAGUCCUUGCUCGAAGCCGAGCAGGCAGUUCCUGAGCACGAUCACUUCGCCCUCUUGGAUCCUUGCUUGUGGAAAGCAAGGCUGCAACAUAAACCCCGGCAGACACCUUUCGAAGUUUGGCAAGCGCUAAGCACGAUUGCUUUGGCCAGUUUCAAACCGAGCUUUCUGGAGCACGUGUCAAGUAAACCUUGCCGCUAUGAGUAA